CCCUUUCAAUUUGAAAUUAUUUCAUCCGCGCUCACCCAGUAGCCAGUACACUACACUGGCAUUGGAUCCCCUCCCCGUCCCCACCGUCCGUUGGCCAAACUUCUCAAAUUCUCAGGCCGCCUUUCUCAAUCAACUCCCAGGAGGUAUUCUACGCUUUAACUCUCUCAAUCUCCCGACGAUUCAUGGUGGAGAUUGUGUAAAUUCGGUCCAGGUAGUUUUGGGAAGAUGAGGACUGAAGAGAAGCUGUUCGUCCAGAUCUUCGAGAGGGAAAAGUCGAUACUCGAGCAGGUCAAGAAGCAGACUGAACUCUUCGAUCAGCAUCUCGCCUCCAAAUGCGUCCUCGACGGAAUCUCUCCUCCUCCGUGGCUCUUAUCACUUUCGUUCGCCUCCCUUCCAUUGAAUCCAAACGGGUUGAAGAAGGAAGAGCUUAUAUCUGGGCUCCUGCUUCCACGAUCUCAACCACCAAGGUUUUACCCUAGUGUUCACCAUCCUCAUUCUGAAAACCCUUUUGUUCCUACUUCAUCAACAAAAGAAAAUCCUUUUGUUCCUGCUGCUAAUGAGGUUCAGCCAAACUUCUUGGAAAGAGAGGUUCAUGAUGUCAACAAAGUUAGUGAUUCAGUUGGCCGGUUGUCUGUUCCGACUCAAUACCCCACCGCUGACACUCCCUCUGCUCUCAAUCAUGCUCUAGACUCUCAAGAUCCUGGUUAUUGUACUGAACACAGUCGAUCAUUGGUGAGGAUUGAAAGAUCCAGAUCAAGGCAAAGGGCGUUGGAGAUUCGCAGUAGUGCAAGAUCAGUUAACCCACAUGAAAAUGCUGAGAAUAAUGAUCCUGGUUCUUGUCAAAAUAACAUUUAUUCCACUGAAGGAGAACUGAAAGUUGUCGAGUCUUGGAGGAAAGAGGGCAGCAGUAAUCAUGAUAAUGUUAGAACUCAAUCAGGUGGACAGUGUCAACUAUCCAGUCCUAUGAAUGAGCUUCCUAGUAAGAAUAAGUCUUCUGAUAUUGUGAAGAAAGAUGUGGUCAGAGAGGCUCACAGCUCAGAUGAGAAGCAUGCUACUGAAGAAAUGCUUCAAGGCUUGGAUAACAACACAGUAUAUGCUUUUGAAGUUCCAUCAUCUAACCUGCCAGUUGAAGAGCUGCAGGAGGCUAUCAGCUCAGAUGAGAAGCAUGCUUCUGACGAAAUGCUUCAAGGCAUGGAUAACAACACAAUACAUGCUUUUGAAGUUCUAUCAUGUAACCUGCCAGUUGAAGAGGGUGAACAUACCUUGGGAGGGAGGGACAGAAGUGAAAAUACAGCUCUCAGUUUUAUGCAUGAACAUCUAGAAGCCAAUCCACUCUCUAGUUUGACAAAGCUGUCAAACGGCUCGUUUCAAGGUUCUUUGUCAGGGCAGGCCAAAGUGUGGGAGCCAACUGGAAUAUCUGGGCUGCAGAUUUCUGGUGAAAGCCAAGUUUUUUCGCCACGGGUCUCUGAUAGCUUCUAUAUGGGAAAAUUGGUUACUGAAAGCAAUAUGCAGUUGACGAACUCUGAUUCCGGGGUGUAUCAGAAUCCACCAGAUCAUCCUGUUGCUACUCCACUUCCUAUGGAUCCGAUUGCCGCUGAUAAAAAUGGACCCGAGUUGGAGAAAUUUGUUCUGGAAACAAAUGAUGAAGAGCCUUCUGCUAGAGUAAAUGGGACAAGCUUUCACCAACUAAGUUCUUCAAAUAUUGCCCUUGAACAUGCUGUCACCAAUAAGCAGUUUGAAGCUACCAGUUCCAAUUUCUCGAGUGAUCAAGUCAGCAGCUUUACAUCUCAUGUGACUUUCAUGUUUCCUACUGAAAAUGCUCUGUUCAUCCAGGGUAGUAGCGAAGUUAACAUUUCUCCACUUAGGAAAUUCUGGGAACCGAUGCCAUCAAAGUCUCUGAGUUCAGAGAGAAGGGCAAGUUCAAUUCCUGAACUUCCCAGUAUAGAUGAAGAGACUGAGAAUAUGGAUGAUGACAUUGUUAUCACCAGUCUAAAGAAAGCAAUAAAGACUGUUGAAAGGAAGCCACUUGCUGACAUCACAGAAUCUGCAGAUCAUCCAGCUUCAAUACGUGACGAAGAUGAGGUAAUAGAUGAUAGGUAUAGUCUUGCUUCUGUGUGCACAGAGUUCAGUGUGGCUUCUAGCACUCGCAACACUAAGACUGGGAAUCAGACGAGCAGCAGACGCAGAUAUGAUUAUGCUGCUGGUAGUAAGCGGAAGUUAAAGCAGCAGCAGCCAAGGGUCCCACUUGGAGUUAAAAGGAAUGAUGGUUCGUUACAGAACAGGUUGUUCAGCAAGCCGCCAAAGUUGUCCAGGAAGAACGAGCCGAGAAAAGUUAGCGCUGGUUUAUUGGAGAAGGAGCCUAAACAUAACAAUAUUGUGUCGAAUGUUACUUCCUUUGUUCCGUUGGUGCAACAACAAAAGCAAAUGGCCGCAGCUGCUGCUGUUAUAGGAAAGAGGGAUAUCAAAGUGAAGUCGCUUGAAGCAGCAGAGGCUGCUAAACGGCUUGCUGAGAAGAAAGAGAAUGAUCGAAGGUUGAAGAAGGAAGCUUUGAAACUUGAGCGAGCAAGGAUUGAAGAGCAGAACUUGAGGCAGCUGGAGAUGGAGAAAGGAAGGAAGGAAGAAGAACAGAAGAAGAAGGAGGCGGAGAUGGCUACCAAGAAACGGCAGAGAGAAGAAGAACAGAAGAAGGAGAGAGAAAGGAAAAGAAAGCGGAUUGAAGAUACAAGAAGGCAGAACAUGGAACAGAGAGACAAAAUGAAUAACGGUUACAAAGAAGAAGCCAAGUGCUGCGGAGAAGCUCCGGAUGUUAAGGCAAGUAAACUAAAGGAGAAAUCAGGCGAAGAAGAAAGGACGGAGAAGGAAACUAGGACAAAGAAUCCAAGCAUUGAUCAUGCAACUUAUGAUACGAGGAGUAGUAAUUCAGGUGAUAUUUCAAAGGCUGUAAUGAAAAGCCAAAUAUGUGAGGGAAAAGAGACCAACUACAGCCUGGACUCCAACAUUAUACCAGAAAGAUCAUACGAGAUUUCACCAUACAAAUUUUCCGACGAUGAAGAUGAAGAAGACGAGGACGAUGAUGAUAAGCCCAAUACAAAAUUUAUUCCCUCCUGGUCCAGAAGAAGUGGCAUCACGUUUACCAUCUUGUCCCAGCAAGCAAAGUUAGAUCCAGCAACUAUUUUCCCGCUCGAAAGCUUUGUCAGUAAAGAUCAAGUUGUCUUGCCCAGAAAGCUCCGGCUCCUAUAGUUACAACACGAAGGCAAACGACGGUCCAUGUUCAGGCAGUUGAGGCUCCAAGAAGCCAUAAAUUCUUUUUACAAGGUCUUUUUGUACAUCUAACUCCUUUUUUGUUAUCUGACCAGAGCUAGGGUUAAUGCGAUGUUAUCUCUAAGGGAAAGUAGGAACUCUCUGCCUUAGAGAGAGAGAGAGACGACCUAAGGGACAAGGGUUGGCUGCCUAGCUAGUCUACUUACUUAUGGAGAUGUUCUCUGUGCGCUGCUAUGUUAAAUGGCUACUUACCAGCUAAGUUUCUUGUUAAUGCCUAAACAGCAGGAAGCCAUUGCUCUCCUUUUAUCUAGUCACUGCUCUCCAUCAGAAAGUAAUGCGAC